AUGCCGAGGUUCCUUGCACUGGGCAUCACCGGGGGGUUCCUUAGGGAAAUGGAGAAAUCAAGAAAGGGAGAGGUGGUGGUGGAUGACAUGGGGAACAAGGAGGUGUACGAGUUCCCAGUUAACCGCUGGUUCGCCAUGGAUGAGGAUGAUGGGAAGAUCCAAAGGGAUGUGCUAGUGGGGGGCACCCAGCCCACAGGCAUUGUGUACAAUAUCCAGGUGAUGACCGGGGACAUCAGGGGCGCUGGCACCAACUCCAAGAUCCACAUCCUUAUGCAUGGCACCAAGGGGCUGAAGAACAGCGGGAAGGUGUUCCUGGAGGGGGGCCAGUUCGAGCGGGCGCUCAUCGACAUCUUCAACGUGGAGAUCGCCGCUCUGCUCAGCCCCCUCAGCCGCGUCACCAUCGGCCACGACAACUGUGGAGUGAGCGCAGGCUGGUACUGCGAGAAGGUGAUUGUAUACUGUCCCUUCACGGGCAUAGAGCAGACGUUCCCCUGCGGGAAGUGGCUGGACGAGGAUGAGGGGGACGGACUGAUUGAGAGGGAGCUGUACGAGAUGGUCUCGCUCAGGCAGAAGAAGCAGAAGAAACAUCCUUGGUCUUUGUGGAUCUGGACUUCUGACGUGAAGGGCGCUGGAACCGACGCUCAGGUCUUCCUGCAGAUUUAUGGGGACAAGGGGAAGUCUGAUGAAAUGAGGCUGGAAAACAACUCAGACAGCUUUGAACAGGGUCAGUUAGAUAAGUUCAUGAUUGAAAUACCGGAUCUGGGGAAGAUACUGAAGCUCCGUAUUUGGCAUGAAAAGAGACACCCGUUCGCUGGCUGGCAUUUAGACAGGGUCACAAUAAUGAAGACACUGACAAAGGAGAAGUUCUCAUUCAGCUGUGGCCGCUGGUUGGAUAUUAACGAAGAUGACAACGAGAUUGUUAGAGAGCUAUCUGCCACAGGAGAUCUUGUUCCUGAACCCCUGCCAUUGAUAAAGUACCGCAUCACCAUUUGUACGGGAAAUGUGGGCGGCAGCGGUACGGAUGCCAGUGUCUUCCUCUGUCUGAUCGGAGACCUGGGGGACACCGGGGAACGACUCAUGUUCACCAGCAAGAACAAUGUCAACAAGUUUGAGAAGGGGAACGCAGACGAGUUCCUGAUCGAGGCCGUGUCCCUGGGGCAGGUGUACAGGGUGCGGAUCGGGCAUGAUGGCCGGGGCGGGGGCUGCGGCUGGUUCCUGGACAAGGUGGUGGUCAGAGAAGAGGGCCAGCCUGAGUCUCAGGCUGUAGAGUUCCCCUGUUACCGGUGGCUUGACCAAAAUGAGGAUGAUGGCCAGAUCGUUCGGGAGUUGGUGCCCUCAGGGGAUGGACAGCGUCUUCAUAACAUUAGUUACCACAUUUCGGUGAAGACUGGCAGUAUCAACGGGGCUAGCUCCGAUUCCAAGGUCUUCGUUAAACUCUAUGGGGAGAAGGGUGACACCAGCAAGAUGAUGCUGGUGGUCUCCGACAACGACCUGCGCAACUAUUUUGAGACUGGCCGGGUCGAUGUUUUCACAAUCGAAACAUUUGAUAUCGGAAGAAUCAACCGUCUCCUGAUUGGACACAACAACGAGGGCUUGCGGGCUGGCUGGUUCCUAGACAGUGUUCAGAUCACGGUUCCGGUCCAUGGACUGCAGUACAUGUUCCCCAGCCACCGUUGGCUGUGUAAAGACGAGGCAGAUGGGAAGGUGGAGGUGGAGAUCUACCCCAGCGAGAUUCUGGAAAUUGAGAAAUUGAUUAAUUAUGAGAUUACAGUGAUCACUGGCAAUGUCCGGUCAGCUGGCACUAAUGCCAAUGUCUACAUUCAGAUCUAUGGAGAAGAAGGAAAAUCGGAGCUCAUCACUUUGAAGAGCAGGUCUAAUAACUUUGAAAGAGGAACCACUGAGAUAUUUAAGAUCGAAGCUUUGAACGUCGGCAAGAUUUUGAAGGUCCGGAUAGGACACGAUGGGUCGGGCAUCGGUGACGGCUGGUUCCUGGAAAAGGUGGACAUCAAGCGUGUGACAAUGGCCAUGGUCCAGAAAGAGGCCAAGAAGGAGGAGAAGAAGGACAAGAAGAAGAAGAAAAAGAAGAAGGAUGAAGAAGAGGAGGAAGAGGCUGUGAAAGAGCUGCAGGAAGUGGUGGAGACCUACAACUUCCCGUGUGAGCGCUGGUUGGCCAGGGAUGAGGAGGAUGGGGAGCUGGUGGUGGAGCUUCUCCCUGAAGAAGGAGGAGAUUUGGAAGAGAAUACAUAUGAAGUCCACGUCUUCACGGGAACCAUGUGGGGAGCUGGCACUGACGCCAACGUUUUCAUUAACAUUUACGGGGAAAUUGGUGACUCAGGAGAGCGGCGUCUGAAGAAGUCCAAUCACCUCAAUAAAUUUGAGAAAGGCAAGGAAGACAUCUUCUCCAUCUCCGCUAUCGACCUGGGGCCGCUGAAGAAACUGCGGAUUCGUCAUGACAACACAAAGGCACACUCUGCCUGGUUCCUUGACCGAGUGGAAAUUGUGGACUGCAAGGACGAUACCACGUACUACUUCCCCUGUAAGCGCUGGCUGGCUAUCGAUGAGGAUGAUGGACAGAUUGCCAGGGAGCUGGUGCCAGUAGAUGAAGCAUUCAUGAAGAAGAAUGAUGACGAUGAAGAAGAAUCGGCAGCCACACUGGGACUGGAACAGAAAUCCAUGUCAACAACAUAUAACCUAAGAGUCAAGACUGGUGAAAAGAAAUAUGCUGGGACAGAUGCCAAUGUCUUUGCGAUCCUGUAUGGUUCAAAGGAUGACACAGGAAUAAUAAACCUCAAGGCUUGUAAGAACCACAAGAACAAGUUUGAGCAGGGAUUGAUCGAUGAGUUCACAGUGGAGGCUGUGGAUAUCGGUGUUCUGAAGAGACUGCGAAUUGGUCAUGAUAACUCAGGGGGCUCAGCAGGCUGGUUUCUGGACUGGGUGGAAAUCGAUGCCCCCUCCGUCGGUCAGAAGUUACGCUUCCCCUGCGGCCGCUGGCUGGACAAGUCAGAGGACGACGGUGCGAUCGUGAGGGACCUGUAUCCAGCCGAGCUGCAGACGGAAGUGUACAUCCCCUUUGUGCCUUAUGAGAUUAAAACAUGUACGAGUGACAUCUUUGGGGCGGGGACCGAUGCGGACGUUUUCAUCGUGUUGUACGGGCGCGAUGGUGUGUGCACCCAGCAGAAGUCUCUCUGCGUGAACAAGAGAGAGCGCCUCAUGUACUUUGAGAGGUCUGCAGAAGACAUGUUUAUUGUGGAGCUGGAGGAUGUGGGUGAUGUCAUUGAGAAGAUCAGAAUUGGACAUGACAACCGAGGCAUCAACGCUGGGUGGCACCUGGACAGAGUGGAGAUCCGGAGACUUCUGAGGAAGGGGAAGGGCUCAGAGACCACCAUCUUCCCCUGUGAACGCUGGCUGGCCAAGUCAGAGGAUGACGGGGAGACGGUGAGGGAGCUGGUGCCUUCUGACAUCAUUCAGGAGAAGCUACUGAGGGACGGCACACUGAAGCUCACUGAGACCGAGGUGGAAGACGCCCUGGAGACGCACACCUACAAGGUGUCUGUGAUGACGGGGGACGUGUACGGGGCAGGCACCGAUGCCACAGUGUUCCUCACCAUAUACGGAGACCUGGGCGACACUGGGGAACGCAAGCUCAGCAAGUCUGAGACCAACAGCAACAAGUUUGAGAGGGGAUCGGUAAGAGGAGUCCACCAUGGGGCCUUGGCAGGACCGGGGCUCAAACCAAACUGAAUCGAACUGAUGCCUGCAACAAGGUCCGAUGCCUUAACCACGUGCCACCAUGGUGCUGUGAAUUGUGAAAUUCACUGGCACAAUGUUGCCAACUAGGAAAUAAAGCAGGCGAGCUCCAAAACUGCUGCAGUAAUAUUCUCCAGUGCAGGUAUGGGGUGUACGAUAGUAAUAUUAUGUUGAGCUGAUGUCAGAACACUACUAUACACAACUCAGCAUGCUAAUACAGCAGGUCUGGAACCUACCUCUAUAGCAGGGGGUCUCAAGCCAUCGCAGGUUCAUGAUUGUUCAUGACGUUCCAUGCUAUGCUACAUGCAGGUAACGCUCCAAUAUUAAACAUAUUCCCUCAGAGACCCAGCCCAGCCAGCUCCCCUGCCCCAGGCUGCCACACUCGGUCAGGUU